AUGGAUGACACGCCCAAACUCGGAUCAGGCAUCGUCUCUCUGGGGACGGAUAUGUUCCUUAUGAAAUCAGAUACCAUUCAUACGGAGUCAGAGGUGCUUCCUGUGGACGCGGAUGCCAUCCCUAUGGAAUCAGACUCUUCCAAUAUGGUGUCAGACGGUUUCCCUAUGGAGUCGGAUGUCAAUUCUGUGGAGUCAAACACCCCUCCUCUGGAGUCAGACCAUUCUCAUAUGGAAUCAGUUACCCUCCAUAUGGAGGCAGACCCUUUCAAUAAGGACCAAGGCAUCUUCCAUAUGGAGUUGGACAAGUCCACUAUCGACCCACAAGCCUCAGAAUGCAAGUACGAUGAUGAUCCACUGCUCAAGGCCUUCAAAGUCAUGGAAGUCAUCGGUCGGUAUCGUAGCGUGGUGCCAGCAACGGCAAGAGACCACACCAGCGAUGGAAACAUUAUGUUUCUAUCCAAGAUGUGUAAUCAGAUACGCGCCAAGCAGCCGAUCCAGAUGAUCCUACCGGCUUUCCCCUUCAAAUCCCCGAACCGGGAGAAUAAGGUCUUGGGAAACCUUCCUGAUAAAGGCGAAGAUAUUUCUCUCGCGCACCUUAACGGACUCUGCGCUGCCAUCGGUGACGUCUAUGAAUAUGGAGCAAAGCUCACCAUCGUGUCUGAUGGCCUCGUGUAUAACGAUAUUCUCGGCGUGUCUGACAGAGACGUCUGGGAGUAUAGCCAUGCACUGAGAGAAAUGGUAGUUGAGAACAAGUACGACCAUAUCGAGUUCGCCAGAUUGCGCAAUCUGGUUCAUAUCCAUGAGGAUGUCAACCUUGAUGGCGAGGCAUAUGAGAAAUUGGCUCCAGAGUUUCGCCAGGAGCUGAUUAGAAAGUACACCCCGGAGGGAUUUGACGCCGCUGUUAAGAUCAAGACCGAUGAAAACAUCUGUACCACGUACCGAGGAUACAUCAAGUUCUUGACAAAAGACUUGGAACAUCUUCAUGUAGACGAUGGUACCAAAUCUCGCAAGUCGCAUAAAAAACAUCUGGGAGAUGUCGCUAAAUCCAUGAUCGAACGAGGCGCUGCCUUCGCAGAAGCUAUUCUAAAGAACUUCCCAGGGUACAUUCGUCUUUCGAUCCACCCCUCAAAUGGAUAA